GUCAACAUUCCAAGCUCCUUAAAUGGGCUCAAGCAAUGGCUUCUCUCCAAGAAGACAAGCUGAAUUCUUGAAUCCCACAAACGGCAAAUAAAGUUCCUUUUAUCCAUUCUUGCUUUCUCUCAAAUUGCACUCAUCUUGCUAUAAAAUUCGCAUCUUUAUCAUUUUCCCACUGCUUUUUUUGAAUCCCAUCAAACAAUUUAUGGUAAUAUAUGUAUAUAUGGUAGAUACACAAUAUACGGAGCAUUAUAUUUACAGGGAGAGGGAGGGAUAGAGAGGGUGUGUUUGGCAGAAAGAGGAAAAUCUUUUGGAUUGACACUAGAUCUGGCUUCACAAAAGUUUCAUGAAUUCACCUGAGUUACUGUUGUGAUGGGGAUAUGCAUGAGCAACCAAAUCAAGGCUGUAGCCACUCUUUUUGUUGGUUCAGGGGUGAAUUCUAGGAAUGUUAGUGGAACUGGGACCGAGUGUAGCACUUCUAAUAGGAGACUCUCAUCGGCUUCUGCUCCACCUUCAAACAGGAGUGUGGGCGAAAUCUUGCAAUCCCCCAACCUGAAGAAUUUCUCGCUCAGUGAACUUAAAGCGGCCACCAGAAACUUUCGCCCCGAUAGUGUAGUAGGGGAAGGAGGCUUUGGUUUGGUUUUCAAAGGAUGGGUUGAUGAGCACACACUCGCGGCUGCGAAGCCUGGGUCUGGGAUUGUGAUCGCCGUUAAAAAGUUAAACCAAGAAGGCUGGCAGGGGCACAAGGAAUGGUUGACGGAGAUCAACUAUCUAGGGCUGCUACAACAUCCCAAUCUAGUGAAAUUGAUUGGUUUUUGCUUAGAGGAUGAACACAGGCUUUUGGUUUAUGAGUUCAUGUCUAAGGGUAGCACGGAGAACCAUCUAUUUAGAAGAGGUUCCUUCUAUCAACCUCUUUCUUGGGGCUUGCGAAUGAAGGUUGCUUUGGGGGCUGCAAGGGGGCUUGCCUUUCUUCACAAUGCGGAACCACAAGUCAUAUAUCGGGACUUCAAGACUUCUAAUAUCCUGCUUGACUCGACCUAUACCGCAAAACUUUCUGAUUUUGGAUUUGCCCGAGAGGGGCCAACCGAUGACAAGAGCCAUGUCUCUACUAGGGUUAUGGGAACCUAUGGAUAUGCUGCUCCCGAGUAUUUAUCUACAGGUCAUCUCACAGCCAAGAGCGAUGUAUACAGCUUCGGGGUUGUUCUUUUGGAGAUUUUAUCUGGUAAAAAAGCCAUAGACAAGAAUCGGCCUACUGGGGAACACAGUCUUGUGGAAUGGGCGAGACCCUAUCUGAGCAGCAAACGCAGAAUCUUCCGUGUUCUAGACGCCCGCAUUGAAGGUCAGUAUUCACUCGGUAAAGCUAUGAAGGUGGCUAACCUGGCACUUCAAUGCUUAUCGGGGGAACCCAAGUUGAGGCCGGACAUGGACGAGGUGGUUAAAGCUUUAGAGCAACUCCAGGACGCCAAGGACCCGGCCACAGCCGAAGAAAACAAGGCAGAGUUAACUCAGCACGGCCAUCUAAAAGGCCAGUCGAAGUCCUGCCGGGGCAGCACCCAAGCGCCUGCUCCCAUAACGGAGUAUCCCAGACCUUCAUCUUCUCCGCUUUAUACAUGAUCAAAAGGCACAGCUUUUCUUUGCUUGGAAGUGAUUCACUUCCUGAUUUUACCAAAGAUUACAGAAAGUAUAGAUAUUUUUUUUUUGACAUAGAUGUAUAGUUCUGACUUCAUUUUAUCUUCUUUUUGUGUCAAAUGUUACCACUUAACCUCAACUUUAGUAGCAGGUUAGCAAAUGCUUCUGAGUUAGUAUCUGUUCUACUUUUUUAAUCUUUUUUCAGCUCAAAGGAUUAGUGCCUCCCCCAUUGAGUUCAAUCUUGUGACCACCCAUUUGGAAUGAUAACAGAGGUGUUAUCCAUCUAAAAAAUUCUUUUCGUGCAUUUAAA